AUGAAAGAGGCACAGAGUCAAUAUUACGCUGAUCAUGAUGCACCUUACAAUAUGUUGUCAGUGAAGAGAGAAUAUUUCCCACAAUUGACCUCUCAAGAACAAAAAUAUGCGCAUUUUAUGUCGAAGGCAUCCCAUGCUGGUACAAGAAUUGUGCUUAGACAAGUAUCUUACGAGAGUGAGCCGAUUUUCGACUUGAUAAUGAGAGUAAAUGCAAACUUAAAUGGAAAAGAAUACUCUGAUUUACAGUUAGAAGAAAACGAAGCUGAGUACUAUCUAGAUUAUGUGUCACAAUUCUUAUCAAAUUUAGGUAACUACAAGUCUUUCGGUGAUUCAAAGUUCAUUCCUAGAUGUUCUGAAGAAUCUUUCUACAAAAUAGUGGAAGCGGCUAACAUAGAUUUGAAUGGACCAGUAGAAAAUUCUCCAUUCAAUAAUGUCAAGGAAUUGAUUGAAAAGGGUAUUUAUUACAUAGAUGAAGACAUUGCCUUGCUAGGUUUCCCUUCAGAUGGUCAUAUGUCUUCUUAUUAUCUAGGUGAUCCAAUUACUCUACAGGAUAUGAAUGUAUUGAAAGAAGAGCUGUUUGCAAAAUAUUCAAUUUUACCAGAGAAUACAAGGAUUAAUAAAGUUAAAGACAAUCUCUUUGAAGUUUGGAUUGCCUCUCAAUUGUUAGAAAACACAGUUUCUGACUCUUACCCAGAUGAAAAGAUUGCUUUGAGCAAUGGUGCUAUAGUAAAGUUCAAAUUCGGUGAUCAUUCUCGUGAAAUGGGUCUAAUCGUCUCAUUCUUGCGAGAAGCAAAGGAAUAUGCGGCCAACGAAACCCAAGCUAACAUGGUUGAAGAGUAUAUUAAAUGCUUCAAGACAGGAUCUUCACAUGCCCAUAAGGAAGCUCAAAAGCUUUGGGUCAAAGAUAUAUCGCCAACUGUCGAAACAAACAUUGGAUUUAUUGAAACCUACAGAGAACCUUCUGGUAUUAUUGGUGAAUUUGAAUCUUUAGUUUCCAUACAAAAUAAGCAACGUACCGCUAAGUUUGCAACAAUGGUCGAAAAUGCCGAAGAAUUCAUAUCACUAUUACCAUGGGAUAAAGAUUAUGAAAAGUCAAAGUUCAAUCCUCCUGAUUUCACUUCGUUGGAAGUCUUGACUUUUACAGGAUCUGGUAUCCCAGCAGGUAUCAACAUCCCUAAUUAUGAUGAUGUUAGAUUAACUAUCGGUUUCAAGAAUGUUUCAUUGGGUAACAUUUUAAGUGCUGCAGCAAAAGCGUCUUCGAAAUACCCACCAAGUUUCAUUAAAGAUAGUGAUCGUGCAAUCUUUGAUAAAUAUCAAAGUAAAUCGUUUGAGGUUCAGGUUGGUAUCCAUGAAUUGCUAGGUCAUGGUUCUGGUAAAUUAUUGAUGGAAACUGCACCAAACGAGUUUAAUUUCGACAUCAAUAAUCCACCUUUGGACUUGCAAGGUAAGCCUGUCAAGACCUGUUACAAAUUGGGUGAAACUUGGGGCUCCGUUUUUGGUUCUCUUGCCGGUGCGUUUGAAGAGACUCGUGCUGAAGUUGUUGCAAUGUACUUAAUAACAAAUAGGAAAUUACUGGAUAUUUUCGGCUUCAAAACAAAAGAAGAGCAAGACAAUGUCAUUUACGCGGGUUACUUACAAAUGGCAAGGGCAGGUCUAAUGGCACUUGAGUUCUGGGAUCCAAAGACUCAAAAAUGGGGUCAACCACACAUGCAGGCAAGGUAUUCUAUUAUGAAAACAUUUUUAUUACAUUGUUCGGCAGAAAACUUUUUGAAUAUUGAAUACGAUGCUGAGAAUAACGAUCUUAAGAUUUCCAUGGAUAGAUCGCUCAUUGAGACGGCGGGUCACGGGGCUGUCAAAGACUAUUUGACACACUUGCAUGUCUUUAAAUGCUCUGCAGAUUAUGCACGCGGUAGCGAAUAUUAUAUCAACAGAUCCACAGUUACUCCGGAACUCGCAAAAUUCAGGGAUAUUGUUAUAGCUAAGAGACUUCCAAGAAGACAAUUCAUCCAGGCCAAUACGCGUCUCCUAGAUGACGAGGUCCAAUUGAACGAGUACGAGGAGACUGCACUCGGUAUGAUCCAAUCUUUCGUCGAACGUGAGUUAUGA